UAGUGUAGUGUCGCGAUACUUGACGAGACUUGAGCAAGUGAGAUUCACCGAGAGUGUGAGUGUUUUGGACUGUGACACAAAAUGAGUUUUACGAGCUGAAUUCGACGUUUAUAUACUUGUCACUUUUACCGUGGACGUCAACAUGAGUCAGGACUCGGUGGCUGAUGUUUCGAGAGACGAGACCGAGCUCGAAGACGGAGAAAUCUGCGACGACGACGGCGAGGACACCGCCGCCGUUCGACGGGGGGAAGGGAACAGCAGGCCCGGCUGCGGGCCUGCCAGGGUGCCGAUGCAACCUUACAUGGUAAACCCAGCGCCAGACUACCGCCGCAUGAUGCCUUACGACGUACACGGACCGCCGAACCACAGACAACAAUGCGGGCCUAGCGGGCCGGACCGGCCGCACGGUACCACACAGCCGCCUCCUAUGUGUGGGCCCGGUCCACGGCCCAGCUUCUGGGAGCGGAGCCACGAUGCCCUGGGGAGGUUCAGACACCGCGCCAUGCCCAACGGAGGGCGCGGGGCCUGGCACCGAGGAGGUUGGGCGGGUGGCGGCCCCAGAGCCCAGAUGGGUCGGUACGGACCUGGAGAGAAUAACAACUGGAAACAAAAGCAGCUCGGGCGAAACAUGACCCGAAGAGCGCCACCUGGUGCCACUAAAUGCGAUGGCGGCUUCGAAGAGACCUUUGAGGACUUACUGUCCAAGUAUAAGCAGAUUCAGUUGGAGCUCGAGUGCAUCCGCAAGGAGGAGAGCAAGGCGCUCGAGGCCAAAGGUCAAGAUGUGGAGACCAAAGGUCAGGUCGUGCUGACCAAAAGUCUAACCUCAGAGACCAAAGGUCAGGGUGUGGACUGUUGUCGUCCUGCGAAAUCUCUGAUUCCUCCAGAAGCGUCCGGCGAGGGCCCGUCAGAAAAUAAGAAAAGCUUCCAGGCGUUCAACAUCAAGCCACUACGAGCGAAACUGUCCACGCCCGUCAGUCUGGACACUAGUGUCCAGGAGGAGGAGGCAGGUGAGCGAGCGACAAAGGCAGACACAGAGCAGAAGACGGGAAAACAGGCUGAGGCAGAGGUGGUGGUGUCUUGCAUGUGCUGUGAUGAGGAAGUAAAGCAUGAUGGGCAAAGCUCUGGCAGAGAGUCGCCUGCCUCCAGCGAAGAUGUUUACAUCUGCCUGGAUGAGCUGGGGGACCAGGUGGAGGAGGAAGACCUAUCGGAGCUCCAGCUACGUCUCCUCGCGCUGCAGUCUGCCAGCAAGAAGUGGCAACAGAAGGAGCAGCAGGUGAUGAAGAGGACCAGAGAGCCCGUGGCCCAAGCGACUACACCCAACAGGCUGAGGGUCACGACCAGGUCUGCGACUGCCGACAGGAGCCGGUCCAGGUCCAAGCCUCAGGAUAGGGAGCGGGACAAAUACAAGGCUGGGACAAGGCCCCCGGAGAGAGACCGGCCAAAGCAGAGUUCCAAACCUGGAGCCAAAACCUCUCUGGAACGAAGCAGAUCUGCCGCUAAAAACCCUGUGUCCAAGAAGUCGACAGGCCCAGGCUCAACGGUCAAACCGCCCUUCAGGAAACAGCAGCAGAUGUGGGAGAUGCAGGAGGACGAUGAGUGUUAUAAACGAGAGGAUGAAAUCCGCAGAAUCCGGGACCUGUCCAACCAGGACGAGCAAUACAAGCGCUUCAUGAAGUUGGUGGGGGGGAAGAUGCAUAGUGGUGCCAAGGCUAGGGAUGGAGAACUCAGAAAGUCCACUGGUAAAGCGGGCCUGGAUGCCACAGGAAAUCUCUACCAGUAUGAUAACUAUGACGAGGUUGCUAUGGACACGGACAGCGAGGCGGGAUCCCCAGCACGCCCCCCGUUUCCUGUGGAAGAGCCUGCCUUUGUGGUGCCCUCUACCUCCACCCCUAUGGCCGCCAGCCUUCCCCCGCCACCACCCCUACCCCCUCCUGCCAACGAACAGGCGCCCCCUCCCAAGCCUCCGUUCGCUGAUGAGGAAGAGGAGGAGGAGAUGCUGCUCAGGGAGACCUGUCUAAUGUCCAUGGCCACCAAACGGGUGCCAGCAAAAGAGCAGGAGAAGGUCUGGAGUGGUCCUUCUUCCCCGAGUGCGGCGCCCGCAGAAGACAGUGAGCAGCCCAGCAGAGGAAACUUGAGUGCCGUCAACCUCAACACAAUGGCGGCGUCCCACGGGAACAAGUUCACUCGAGGAGUUCCCAGAACACCUCUGGUGCUCCCCCGACACAAGUCUGUGGUGGUGUCACUCCACGAAUCAGAUGACAGCGACUCGGACUUGGAUGCGUGCAGCUCCACACAGGGCGUGAUUGGUGGUCUGGAGUUUAUGAUCAAAGAGGCGCGCAGGACCGUGGAGGCAACAAAACCCAAAGGUGCGUCUGGAUCGGAGAAAGAGAACAACCCAUUACGAACGCCAGAAGCCUUACCUGAAGCCAAGAAGGCGGAGUACCGCCUCCUCAGAGAGGAGCUCGCCAGCAGGGAGAAGCAGAAGGCGUCAAAUAAAGGAGCUGGCCCAUUGCCUGCUGCCAUCACUGCCACUGUUGACUCGCUCGAGCAAAAGCUGCAAAAGCAAAGAGAGUUGCUCCUCCGCGAUGAGACACUGCUGAAGAACCUCCUGCAGCAGGAGCUCAAGAAGACUGAGGCCCUGAAGGCGGCAGAGUCCAAGGUGGUGCGGCUGAAGGAGCAGAUCCAAGCAUCAGAGAAGAUUGUGCUGGCGAACAAGACGCUGCUCAAGAAGCUUCAGGAACAGGUGCGGCGUGUGGAGCACCGUGUGUCCAUCAAGAAGACUGUAGCGGCUCGCUUGGAGCAGGAUCUGCUUCGGGCUCAGCAGGUUGCAGGAAGGGAACCCAAACGCAAAGCCGAAACUAUGCAGAAAACGCCCAGGAAACUGCAGCGGGUCGGCAGCACCAAUAUCAGCCUGGAACGUCACUUUGCAGAUCUCAUGGCUCAGAAGCAGCUGCUGCAACAGCUGGAGUCUGAAUAUGCCCUCAAGAUCCAGAAGCUGAAGGAGGCCCAGGCCCUGCGCAACAAAGUAGCAGCAUCGGAACCUCCAGCUGAACUGCGGCCCAAACCCUCCGUCAUUCCUGACCCAAAAGCUUGUUCGCCAGCUGCCUCCAGCCCACCCCUGCCAUCCCAGCCUUCCCUGCAUGAUCUCACCCAGGACAAGCUGGUUCUAGACAGUGAGGACAGCCCAGAGGCAGAGGAUUCAGAUUCGGCGCCUGUGCCUUGUGCCGUGGCCACUCUCCCCCGGCGCCAUUCUUUGCGUCAAUCCAUCUCCUCCACUAAACCCAACUUGGAGCAGCUGACCCCAACGCCCGCCAAAGACUGUAGCACCUCCAAGCCCGCCAAGAGCAGCACGGCUGGGCCCAUUGAUACGUAUGCGGGUCUGGACCUGGACGCACUGAGGCGCCGGUACCAACGGCAUGGCGGGCUGGGGGAGUUACUCCUGAAAGAGCUGCACAAAGUAGACGAGGACAUGGACUGGCCUGAAAGUGCAAAGGUGCUCACGGUGGAUGUAGAAGCAACCAGACAACCCAGUGGACAUCCAAGACCGGUCCCUUUUGGACCUUACCGUAGCCCUCUGCUGGUCUUCAGGUCUUACAGGUUUAGUCCAUACUACAGGACCAAGGAGAAGUUGUGUCUGAGCUCGCCCACCUACAGCAACUCCAUCCAGCCCAAACAGUGUUUCUGUCGCUUUGACCUGACUGGAACCUGCAACGAUGAUGACUGUCCAUGGCAGCACAUGAGGAGCUGUACUCUGACAGGAAGCCUGCUCUUCCAGGAUGUUCUCUCCUACAACUUGUCUCUGAUCGGCUGCUCUGAGAGCUCCACUGACAGUCAAGUCAGCGCCGCUACGGAAAAGUACCUGACGAAACUGUUUGGUCCGAACAAGGACGGAAUGGGUGUGGACCAGAAGGCCGUCUUCCUGGUCAGCAAAGUCAACGAGAGCCGCCGUCACGUCCCACCUUUUACAACCUGGAAGGACAAGAGGAAAUGGAGGCCGUCUGCUCAAAGCGAGCGCCGUGCAGAGCCCGAAGGGGAAGAUGAUACCGCAGCAGGGAAUCAGAUGUCCCUAACAUCUGACAUCAGCGGCCUGCCUGGCGGCAUGAGCACAUUGGACACGUGUGUGACAUCAGAAGACAAGCGUUACUUCGUCAGCGACAUUGACGACAUCUCCAAGCUGGAGAGCAGCGUGUUGGACAACCCUGGAGACACUCAACUGUGGAUCAAACUCACAUUCAGAUACCUCCACCAAGGCGACACGCCACCAGCUGAGUGUUUGGAGGCCGCCCUGAACACACUGUCCCGUGCUCUGGAGAACAACUGUGACGACCCCGAAGUGUGGGCGCACUACUUGACGCUCUUCUCCCGCCGCGGUAGCCGUGAGGAAGUGCAGGAGAUGUGCGAGAUGGCCGUGGAACACGCCCCCGACCGCCGCGUUUGGUGGAACUAUUUGACCUUGGAGAGCUCAUUCGAGGGGAAGGACUACGUGUGCGAACGUCUGCUGAACUUCCUGCUUGCCGAAGCAUCAGGGGACGUGUCGAAGGAGCAUUCCUUCCAGCUGUUGGAGGCUGUGCUCCAUCGAGUCCACUUGAACGUGUUCACGGGACGGGUGGACGCUGCCCUCGCCAUCUUCCAGAUGGCCUUGAAGUUGGGUCACAGCCAGAGUGUCGCCGGUCACCUGAUGGCGAGCGACCAUGCGAUGGCGUGGCUGUGUUACAUCCACCUGAAGGAGUUCAGGCGUCUUCCAUCAAGCCUGUAUGACCCGUUAGACUCUGGCCCGUCCAGGCUGGUCAGCACUGAGCAUUUCCUGUUGCCCUGGCGGACAGUCCAGGACAUCAGCAUGCCGCAUGACGACAUUAUGACCCUCUUCCGAGAUGCCAUCAGUCAGUGCAGUGACGAAUCGUUGAUGCUAAGUGAGAGGACGUCUGCAUGCCUGCCGCUCCACACCAACUUCCUGCUCCUGCACAGGCUGUUGGACAGGUUGGAGGACGGUGUGUCGAUGUGCGAGACACUGCUGGAGGCGUGUCCUGAGUCGUGCAGCCUGCGUAAUGCUCUGGCCGACCUCCAUGUGCGCUCAGGGAAUUGCGAGCGCGCCGUUAGCUUGUGGCUACACGCACUCGCUGAGUGUCCCAACAACGCAGAGGUCUUCUACCACUGCUGCAGUUUCCUCAUGGCUCAGGACAAAGCGAGCGCCAUCACGCCGCUUUUCCGAGGGUUUGUCCUGUCUCUGUGCGAGGACGAGCGCAGUCACAUGAUGCCUGUGGACAUCUUGAGGAACAUCCUCGGCCUUCCGACAGACCACAUGUGCGCUGCUCCCAUCAUCAAAAAGGAUCUGGAAGAGCAGAUCAACAAGCAGAUGUCCUACCUGCACCUGCUUCACUGUCGCUGGCUGUGGUUGCACGGCUCCGUGGACGACACGCUGGAUGCCUUUGAGCGAGCGCUGGGCUCAGCCGCGCGAAUUGAGGAGCUGCACCGCCUGUGGACGGACUACCUGAUGUUCUGCAGCAACCCGCACUUCCAAUCUCAGGCUGCUGGGCAUUUGUCAGAGCUUGUCCUGCGCUGCCUUAGUACGGUACCGUCUCGUCUCGAGGUGCCCUUUGACCCAGCUCACUUCUGGACUUGUUACCGUUUCCACAACAAGGUGGUGUCUCUCUACCUCAGCUGUGUAGACAAGUCUCAACAUGGAAUGGUGCUGGAGAGACUUCACUACAUGAUGCCCACUAACAUCGCACUGGCACUCAGGUUGCUGCACCAAGAGUGGACUGAAGGAAACCUGGAACACAUGGGCUUUCAGGCCAGGAUGUUGACCAGCAGUGCUCCAAAGUCGUUGGCCUCUUGGAAAAUAGCCAUUGCCGUGGAAACGGAGCUAAGGCACCUGUCAGAGGUGAAACGUCUUCAUCAGCAAGCGCUGCAGAACCUUCCGCUGUGUGCUGAACUUUGGAAAGAUCUGUUGCAGUUGGAGGCGGCGGGAGCUAGCAGCGGUGGCGUUUCAGAGCGUCUACACCGGCUGCUGUCAAGGGCUCAAGAGGUCGGCGUGAGUUUAGUUGACGCCAGAGCCGCUCAGACAGACAUCUGACGGCGGCGACACUUUGAGUCAGGAAAAAAGCUGGCAAUGACAACUGAGGGGGGAGGGACCGCCCACCCCCGGGACCGCAAAAGCUCCGCCUCCUCGUGUACGUAAGUAUCGAGCUGCUGAGUGACGUUUGUCUUUGUGUCUCUCACUUUUCAUCCCCUUUUUAGUUUUUCUUUUCCCUUGGGGCGGGAAAGGGCAGGGGUUUAUUUGGGUGAGGGGGCGUGGCCUGAAGGCUGCCAUCUUUUUGUUGUUGUGAGGAAGAAAGCCAGGAAGCAAGACUUUUUUGUUAAAAUACUCCAAAACAAAGACACUGCAACCUGGUGGCCAUCUUUCAGUGGCCAUUUUAGUGGGAACUGAAGGACGCUAGGACAAGAAGACCACGUUUGCAAUUUGUUUUGUUUUUUUUUUGUCAUUAAAAGUAUUAAUGGAUCAGGACAUGUUUUUUUAACAUGAAAAUGCUAUUAAAUUAUUUUCUCAACCUAAAGAUGACUCUUUUCUU